AUGAGGAGGAUGUAUUUCAAUCAGUUGGGAUGGAUCCCUUUGGUUAAGGAUGCAUUGGCAGGUUAUAACACAUCACUCUUGGCUUAUGGACAGACUGGGAGUGAAAAGACAUACACAUUGUGGGGACCUCCCAGUGCAAUGGUUGAGACUCCAUCAACCAAUAGUCUUCAGGGCAUUGUUCGACGCAUUUUUCAGGUGUUGUUUGAUAACAUUCAGAGAGAGCAUGAGAAUUCUAAAGAUAAACAAAUAAGUUACCAAUGCCGUUGUUCAUUCCUUGAGGUAUACAAUGGCCAUAUUGGGGAUUUACUUGAUCCUAUGCAGAGGAAUUUGAAGUCUUUGGUUGUAAUGCUUCAAAUAAAGGAUGACACCAAAAAUGGAUUUUAUGUUGAGAAUUUGACAGAGGAAUAUGUGAGCACAUAUGAAGAUGUCACACAGAUUUUGAUUAAGGGUCUUUCAAGUAGAAAGGUUGGGUUAACAGGAGUAAACUCAAAAAGUUUAAGGUCUCAUGGUGUGUUCACAUGCAUCAUUAAGUCCUGGCGCAAGCUUCUGGAAUGGAAUGGUAACAGAGAUUGUGAACAAGAGAUUGUUAAAGAAAUCCAGGGAGAGGUCGAUCACGAUGAUAGGGGCUAA